GCAGAUUCCCACACAAUGAACCACGUGACCGCGCUCCUCUUGCUCCCGGUGCUGCUGAUCAGUGUCAGUGCCGGCUCCUAUGAUACCGACCCCAAUGACUCACAGCUGGGCGGCAGGAAGGGCAGGCUGGCAUCCCACAGCUCAGUGGAGGUGGUUCGCUGCCUGAAUGGAGCAUUGCAAGUGGGCUGCGGAGCCUUCGCCUGCCUGGAGAACUCCACCUGCGACACAGACGGGAUGUACGACAUCUGCAAGGCCUUCCUAUAUAGUGCUGCCAAGUUUGAUACUCAGGGCAAGGUGUUUGUGAAGGAGAGCCUAAAGUGUAUAGCCAAUGGGAUCACAUCCAAGGUGUUCCUGUCCAUCAGGAGGUGCUCCAGCCUACAAAGGAUGAUCUCUGAAGUGCAGCAGGACUGUUACACUAAGCUGGACAUCUGCACUGUGGCGCAGUACAACCCCAAUGCCAUCACCGAGGUGGUGCAACUCCCUCAGCACUUCUCUAACAGAUAUUAUAACACUCUGCUGCGAAACCUAUUGGACUGUGAUGAAGAAACUGUCUCCGCUGUGAAGAGCAGUCUGAUGGAACAGAUCGGACCCAAUCUAGCCAACCUCUUCCAGGUUCUGCAAGGUGACAAGUGCUCCCAGAUCCAGCCCCGAAUGGACUUUAACCGUAAGAGAAAUAUUGAGCCCCAGAAGCUGCGCAUAUACCUCCGUAAUCUCCGUGGAGAAAGCUCAGGGCUUGUCACUGACACCCAAGGGUCUACAGAAGAUGACUAGCAUCGCUGGAGGAGAAAGCCAGGAUUGGAAGGCUUUAGAAGUAGAAAAUUCCCCUCACUGGAUGUAAAUUAAGUUUUAAAUCCAAUUGUAGGCCCCUGUUAGCCGAGUAUUUGAGUAAAUAUAGUAUACAUAUAUAUUUAUAAAUUAUGUAUCUCUCCGCAGAUGCCUUUUAUUCCAUGAUGCUCAGGCAACUGUGCAUGGAAAGCACUUACAGUUUAAUUCCUACAACUUUCUCAUUAUUACUGACAUAACCACUUUUGCAGGUGAAUUUUAAACACACUGGGCAGGGCCUAGGCAAAUCAGUUAUUUGACUCCGUAAUGACUUAAGGGAAUUGUUAAAGGUACACACUGGGCAGGGCCUGGGUAAUUCAGUUAUUUUCAGUAGUUAUUUAUUCUAUAAAAGUAUAUUACGAUAAGGUUCAGGCGGCUGGCACACAGGGCAUAUUCUUUAAAAAGGUAUUUCAGUAGUUGGAGAAACUCCCAAAUUCACCACUGCCACCUCCCAAGUGGUGGAUUUGGACAACAUGGCCCUACAAAAAAGAUCCUUGAUUUUAAGACUCUUGUUAAGAAUGUGGGUCAUAUUAGCCACCUUCCUGUCACUGUCACUGAUGCAUGAAAACCUAGGGUUUGGCGUUAAAGGCGUUUAAAGUGUUUUAGUCCCCAAAAUAAAACUUGUGCCAUUAACCUAUAGGCCAUAACAUAAAUUAUUUUUCAUAAUGGAUGCCUGACAGCUGUUGAGUUGCAUUCCUGGAUUAGAGCCAUUUAAGUGGCUAAAUGCUACUGAAAAUAAUAAGGACAUUACAGUGGGAGCAUGGGUUGGUGAACUUAAAUAGUUUCAUUGUUCAGUAAGCAAACACUCCAGAAAUAAAUUAUAUAUUUAUUA